AAGGACGGCUGGAUGCAGGGAAGGCGAAAGGGGCGGGACUGGGGGUGGUGGUGGAGGCUGGCUGCGGCGCCGAGGGAUACGGAGGCAGCUCCUCCCCUCUUGGGAAAGCGAGCAAAGCGCAGCAACAGCCUCCGCCGCCGCAGCGCCCGGGCGCAAGGGGGGACCUGGAGGUGGGUGAGCCGCCCGGGCGCUGAAGACGGCGGGUGCGGGGCCAUGUUCAGCCGCGGGUCGCGGCGCCGUCGAUCGACCCGAACCCUGCCUGAGGUGGAGGACCCUGACCGGGGCCAACCGUGUCAGGUGUGCGGGGAGCAGUGCCCGGGCUUCCUAGUGCAUGGAUGGAGAAAGAUCUGCCAACACUGCAAGUGCCCACGGGAGGAGCAUGCGGUGCGCAUGGUGCCUGUCGACUUGGAGAGGAUGAUGUGCCGCCUCAUUUCUGACUUCCAGCGCCACUCCAUCUCUGACGAUGAUUCAGGCUGUGCCUCGGAGGAAUAUGCUUGGGUGCCCCCAGGACUCAAGCCUGAGCAGGUGUAUCAGUUCUUCAGCUGCCUUCCAGAGGACAAAGUUCCCUAUGUCAACAGCCCUGGGGAACGGUACCGCAUCCGCCAGCUACUACACCAGCUUCCCCCCCAUGACAGUGAGGCCCAGUACUGUAGCUCUCUGGAAGAGGAAGAAGCGAAAGAGCUGAAACUGUUUUCUCAGCAGCGGAAGCGCGAGAACCUGGGCCGCGGGACUGUCCGACUCUUCCCUGUCACCAUAACUGGAGCCAUUUGUGAGCAGUGCGGGAAGCAGAUAUGCGGUGGGGACAUUGCAGUCUUUGCCAGCCGGGCGGGUCACGGCGCCUGCUGGCACCCACAGUGCUUCGUUUGCACCACGUGCCGGGAGCUCCUCGUUGAUCUCAUCUACUUCUACCAGGAUGGCAAGAUCUACUGUGGGCGGCAUCAUGCAGAGCGCCUCAAGCCCCGCUGUGAGGCCUGCGAUGAGAUCAUCUUUGCGGACGAGUGUACGGAGGCUGAGGGCCGCCACUGGCACAUGCGCCACUUCUGCUGCUUCGAGUGUGAGGAGGCCCUGGGUGGGCAGCGGUACAUCAUGCGCCAGAGCCGCCCUUACUGCUGCCGCUGCUACGAGAGCCUUUAUGCCGAGUACUGUGACGCCUGUGGGGAGCAUAUCGGCAUCGACCAGGGCCAGAUGACCUAUGAGGGCCAACACUGGCAUGCCAACGAUGCCUGCUUCAGCUGCUCCCGCUGCCACAAGCCCCUGCUGGGGAAGCCUUUCCUGCCCAAGCAGGGGCAGAUCUUCUGUUCUCGGGCCUGCAGCCUGGGUGAAGACCCCAAUGGCUCAGACUCCUGUGACUCAGCCUUCCAGAGUGCCCGUUCCCAGGACUCUCGGCGGGCCAGCUGGCAACAACGGCGAGUCCAAGCUCAGCGGCCAUCGUCUUCCCACGUCGCCCGCUCUGUUUCCUUUGGAGGGCAGCCAGCGCCGCCCGACUCCGCCCCGAGAAUUCGAAGGAGCUGGAGUGGACUGCCGGGCACUGGAGAGGAUGUGCCCACAGAGACCGAGGAGCUCUCUGACCCAGAUAGCAAUGGCUCAGGCUGUAGCCAGAGUUGUGAGGAACCCGUGAAAUGCACCUCCCGGGGAACUUCCACCUGCCCGCCACCAGUCACUGAACAAGCGCCAGGAUCAGGGGCUGAGGUCCGGCCACGUUUCCAGCGCACCUCUCCUUUGCGCCAUUCCAUGCCAGAACUGGGUAUGCCCCCCUCCAAAAACUGCGACUGGAGCAGUAGUUCAGCUUCCAAACUCCAAGCAUCUGGCCGGCCACGACUCAGUGAAGGAACUGAGCUGGGGAUGGGGAGUUUCGCCCGAGGAGGGGCACCCCGAGUUAGCUUCCGGGAACCUCUUGUCUCGGGAGAGCCAAGCCCUCCCUGUCCUGAGCAAGCCUCCAUGAACACGCAGCUGCUUCAGAAUGGUGGGCCCAGCCGGGGGCACCCUCGCUCCACAUCCGACAACUCGCUCAACCUGGGGAGUCAAGGAUGGAGGCCAAGAAAAGGUUUAGGAGAGGGGAGAGGGGCAAACCUCUCUUAUUCAGCUUCCGAGGGAACUUUUCCUGCCUGGCACCGACGCUACCCACCUCGGGGAUGGGACUUCAGCUCCUCCGACUCCUCCGAUUCCUCCUCUGAGGAAGAAGGUUACUUUUUGGGGGAGCCUAUUCCCCUUCCUCCCCACCUAAGAGGUGGGGCUAGCUCCACAGAGACCACACCAUCCACAGAAAAGGCACGUAAACAGCAGCGCCGAAGACUGAGGGUUGUCCGGGACAAGAAUUGUGUUGUGGCAUGAACCUGACCUUUGCCUUUUGACCAUAAUGAUCCCAUACAAACUCAGGAUUUGGGGCCUCUGAUAACCAUUAAGUGUUGACCGUUCAUUCUGUGGGGCUCUCUGAAAUCUGGCCCCGAAACCGUGAUGGCUGCUUCUUCCAGCGUGACCACUUUGACUUGUGACCCUUUGUCAGGGGCCUUCAGAAAGUUACCUCUUCUUCAUGACCAUUGCAAUUUUCUAACCAUCUCCUCAGGGACACUUGAGCACUGUCUUUUCCAUGGUGACCUUUCAUCUCUUAGGUGUGAUCUUCCCGUGAAGAAUCUUGAACUCCUGUCUGUGGUGAUCUUUGAACUUUGGUUGUGCUUGUCUUCCAUUGUGGCCUUUUGACCUCUCUACUGUGACCUUCUGGCCACUGAUUAACCCUUUCAUCUCAAAUCUCAGAGUGAUGAUCCUUUAACCUCUACACUGUGCCCUAUGAGCUUCCAGCUGCAGCUUCUUACCUGGGAACCCUUGAACUUUGGUUGUGACCUUUCCACUGUGAUCUCUGAACUUUUGCCACCUCCCUUAGGUGACCCUUUCUCUUUCAAGUUGCCAUUAUUGAUGUUAGCCUGUCACAAGGUUGCACGGUUUUGAGCUUUGGGGUGUGUUUUUCUAUAUAGGCAAGGUGUUUGGUUGUGUGUAGUAGAUAUGUAUGUUGAGGGGGGAGGGUUUGAAAUCCUUUCCCUAGCUGGUACAGCUUCCUACUCAACUGAAUAUGGGCACAAGGUGCCCUUUAUAGGGCAAAGCCCACAACAGAUUAUCCUCCUAAUCCAACUGGAAUUACUCUCUUCCCUCUGUCUUUCUUGAGACAGACUUCUCAAGUUCACAAUUUUAUUUUAUUUUCUAAUUAAGGGUUUAAUUUAAGUUAAAUUUAAAUAAAACUUUAUGAAAACA